AUGAUUUGAGAUGUUCCUCGCAGAUACACCUGGUGAGAGAGGACCGAGAACACCCGGGCCUUCUUUUAAAAAAAAAAAAAAAAAAAAAAAAGGCAACACAGGGGCAACCUCAGGGUCGCCGUCCCACAGGGAAGCGGCGCAGUGAUUGGCUGGAGCCUGAGGGCGGAAGUGGCGUCAGGACAUGCCUUCUCUGAGGGCGGAAACGCUCCGUGAUUGGCUCGGAGGAACCCAGGGCGGAAGUGCCGUGCAGGGCUUGCCGGCACUAUGGGCGGAGGCUGCGGGGCCGGACCGGGCUCGGGCCGGCGAGGCGCGGUGCAGCAUCGAGGGCAGAAGCAGCUCCCCGCCGCUAGGACCCCUGCGGGGUUUGUUGCCGAGUGAAGGUGGCGCACCGGCUACACCGAGGAAAGCUGCAGCUGGCGUGCUGCAGCCGCGGGUUUCCCAGGAGAAAGGGCAGCCCGACUGUCCCAGCUGUCCGGCUUUCAGAGUUGUCCUGGAAAUAAACCGGGGCUUGCGGGGCUUUCCAGAACGCUGGUUGUGGUCGGUCAAGACAGACGUGAGAGGCUCGUGUGCGUCCGUUUGGCUUGUCCCGAUGGCUGGUGUAGAUGAUCGCUCACGUGCCCCAAAGCUCCUUGUGCUGAUGUUGGAUGUGCCCCUUGGCAAAGGACCGCAUCCCGUGUGUUCAGCUUUUCUUCCUUACCGUGUCGUAUAUAGGAGAAAAGCUCUUUCCAGAGAGGUGGCGAAGGAAUUAAUUAUACCUCUGCCUCACCCUGUGAGACCAGAAGACGCAACAAGGACACAGGUUCUUUGGAUCGCCGGCGGUAAAUUCACUGUCCGCGAAAGCAAGCGAGCACGCAUGCUCAGCACUCAGUGGUCGCACCUUGGAGGCACGGAGCUUUUGGGAUGGAGGUGUGUUUUGGUAUUCUAAAGAUACUAGAAUGAGCAAAAGUUCCCUAGAGUACAGCGUUUU